AUGGCGCGUCGCAAGCAAAUCACCCCAAUGCAGCGCAUCAACUCUGGGGAAGUCAUGCAGGCUCCUUCAGAUACUCCCGAGAAACGCGCCGUGUAUAGCAACGGCCACGUCGCCUCCUCUUCUAGAAGGCCGACCUCGCCCUUCCAACAACGGCCACAAACACAGCGGUCACAUCCAGGGCUCCUAACCCUCCUCAUCUGCGUCGGCGGCAUCUACGCCUCGUUUCUGACAUGGGGAGUUCUUCAAGAACGCAUCACCACCACGCCAUACCCACUCACUUCCCCUUCCGCAGCGCAGGUGCAACAAGAAUACUUCCGCUUUCCCAUUGUCCUCAACACGAUCCAAGCCUUCUUCGCCUUCACAAGCGGAAGCGUCUACCUCUUCUACACGACCGGACGUUUCAACAUGGUUCCCUCGACCUCCUCUCUGCUGCCCUUGAUGCUGGUCACCCUGACCACUACCCUCGCUUCUCCCUUCGGCUAUGCAUCCCUCGCCCACGUCGACUACCUCACGUUUGUACUGGCAAAGUCGUGCAAAUUACUGCCCGUCAUGGCGUUGCACGUCGCGUUGUUCCGCAAACGAUACUCGUUGUCGAAAUACAUGAUUGUGCUGGCUGUGACCAGCGGCGUCGCAAUAUUCACGCUAUACCAUCCGCCGAGGGCGGGAAAAACACAAAAAACACAGAACUCGAGUCUCUACGGCUUGACGCUGUUGGGAAUUAACUUGCUGUUUGACGGGUUGACGAACACGGUUCAAGACCAUAUCUUCCAGUCCCCGCACCGCUACGGGAAGACGUCCGGUCCGCAGAUGAUGGUCGUCCUCAACCUUCUCGGCACGAUCCUGAUGAGCGCAUACCUCGUUGCAACACCGUACAUCCCCUCGGCGCUCCUCCCCCAGUUCGUGCGGACCGACACUCACGAGCUGGGCCAAGCAAUCGCCUUCUUCCAGCGCCACCCGCCCGUGCUCAAGGACGUGCUGCUCUUCUGCCUCUGCGGCGCCGUUGGCCAGCUCUUCAUCUACGCCACCCUGGAGCGGUUCUCGUCCCUGCUCCUCGUCACGGUGACAGUGACGAGGAAAAUGUUCACCAUGCUGUUGAGCGUCAUGUGGUUCGGCCACUCGCUGAGCAAGGGCCAGUGGAUGGGCAUCGGCAUGGUCUUUGGCGGCAUUGCCGCAGAGGCGUAUAUCCAGAAUCUAGAGAAGAAAAGGAGAGAGAGGAGGAAGAAAUCCGCGGACAAGGGACGAUAG